AUGAAAAUAUUUGUAAGUAAUAAUAUCGUUCUAUUUGUCCUUGUCGUGACAACAACAAUUGACGCUUCGCGUAUCUUCUAUCUUCCCUUACCAAAAAUACAUCCAACGAAUCAACAAAUAGAAAAACCAAAAAUUAUACAAGAAACAACUAAAAAAACAAUAAGUGAUGAAUUUAUACCACCAUCAGCAUUUGAACUAGAAGAACUUGAAAAACGAGGAGAAAAUUUUGAUUGGGAAGAAUUGAUUGAUAAAGAAGUAGAAAAAAAACGUCGAAUAAUCGUCAAUGAAGUUGUACCGGAAAGCCUAAAACAAAUCAAUGAACAAUAUUCAUUAGAUGGACCAAUUGAAAAUAAAGUGAACGAUGAUAGUGAAACACAAGUAUUCAUGAACAAACAUGCUCAAAUUAAUGAUCAACAUUUUCCUGAAGAACCAUGGAGUAUAGAUCGAGCUAAUGCACGAGUUGAAUAUUUACAAACGAAUGCAGUAUUAAAUUCUAUUGAAAGAAAAAAACGACGUAAUGAUACAUUAUUUAUUGUAAUUGUGGGAACAUGUUGUGUAGUCGGUCUUGUGGGUCUCGUUGCCGCAGCUAUUUUCUGGUACAAAAUUCAAAAGAGAGCAGAAGAAGCAGUUGAUGCCGAAUAUCCAUCAUAUGGUGUUACAGGACCUGUUUCUAGCAGUAGUAAAAUCUCACCAAGUUCAACAAUGUCUGAUCGAAAAUUAGCCCAAAGUGCCCAAAUGUAUCAUUAUCAACAACAACGUCAACAAAUGAUGGCACAAGAAAAAGCUCAUCUAGAUGCAAAACCAGUCCAUUCAGAUGAUUCGGAUGAUGAAACACCUGCAGGUGGAGAUUAUACAGUAUAUGAAUGUCCUGGUCUCGCUCCUACAGGAGAAAUGGAAGUACGUAAUCCACUUUUUGCUGAACCUGAUUCAUCAAUGAUAUCGUCAACACCGAGCUCACAUCCAACAACUAACAAUCAUUAUCCACAACCAACAACACCCAUUUCAUCAUCAUCACCACCUAAAGAAAAAUCAUUGCCUUGA